AUUGUAGGAUCUUUCUAAACAGUAUGAAAAUGUUCAAGUGAUGAUUUCACUUAGAACUUCCAUCAAACACCUUAAGGACAUCAUCUUUACUCCCGUCCGCACUCUCUGUCUCUUCUCUCAUCGCCGCCACGAACCGCCGAAACAAGACCCAUAUUCCCUUCUCAAGGAAGACCCUAUUCAGGUAAUCUCAGAUCUAUGGGUCCGAUCAUUCUCCGACAAAACCCACAAACCCUUUACCAAUCUCACCGGUUUCCUCUCAAAGCUCGAUUUAUGGGUCAUCGCUUAUCAACGCUCCUGUGCCGACAUUACCGGCUCCUACCCUUCUCGAGCCGCUAUCCAAUCCAAUGUCCUUCAAGACCUUGUAUCACUCCGACAAGCCGUUAUCAAGAAUCAAUUUCUCUGGAAUGAGAAAACCCAUUUACACAUUCGCGCACCCAAUGAUAUACCCUCUACCAAAUUAAUAUCCAAGAGAAAGUUCCGCUCUUAUCUGAACUCAGCUAAUCCACCAUUUCAAGACAGGGUAGUUCAAGAGAUGCUGUUGUUGAUCCUGGAACCCAUAUUUGAGUCACGUUUCUCCCCCAAAUCGCACGCUUUUCGUCCUGGAAGAAACGCUCAUUCAGUAAUUCGAUCCAUUCGGAGUAAUUUCGCUGGUUACUUAUGGUUCUUGAAAGUAGACGUAACUGAAGUAUUUGAAACUAUUCAGCUAGAUACAAUGAUGACAUGUGUGGGGAAGUCUGUCAAGGAUUACAAAGCCCUUGACUUGAUUCAGUCAGGCCUAGAAACAUCUCAGAGGAAGAGAGUAGUAGACAUUGUUCCUGAAAAGAAGGAGUUUCGAAGGAAGAAGAAGAUAAAGAAGAAGAAUAAAUCUGAAAAGAGAAGAGUUUUGAGUGGGGAUGAUCCAAAACCAGACCCAUAUUGGUUAAGAACAUUCUUCGAUUUCUCACCAAUGGAAGCUUCUCAGGUACCCAAUUAUGCCUCUUUAGGAAUUCUCAGUCCUUUAUUAUCUAAUAUAUACCUUAAUGAACUAGAUCACUGGAUGGAAGAGAAAAUAUCCGAAUACUUUAAUCCAUGCGAACAUGAUUCAAUCUGGAAAGACUUGAAAGAUGGUAAUAGUAAUCAUAACCCAUCUUGGCCAGAAUUUGUUCCAUCAAGUGGAAAGGCAAGAACAAAGAAAAUGGAUUACAUUCGUUACGGAGGCCACCUCUUAAUCGGAAUUCGCGGUUCUAGAGGCGAUGCAUUGAGAAUCAGGAACGAAAUAAACGAAUUCAUCCAUAAUCGAUAUGGGUUAUCAUUGAAUGAAUCCAAAUUCGAGAUAGAACACAUAACCAGAGGAAUUCUUUUCUUGGAUCACAUAAUCUGUCUAAGAGUGAUUCACCCCACUCUUCGAUACACUUCAACCGGGGGAGAAAUCGUCAGUAAGAAAGUCGUCGGCACAUUGUUAUCUGUUACAGCUAGUCUUCAAAGAUGCAUCCGACUGUUCAGACAGCUUAGAUUCGUCAAAGGAGAUAAAGAUCCCGAGCCACUUCCAUGUACUCCAAUGCUUUACGCAGGCCAAGCUCAUUCGAACGCUCAAAUGAAUAAAUUUCUCGAAACAAUGGCUGACUGGUAUAAAUAUGCUGAUAAUCGCAAGAAAAUCGUCGCGUUCUGUGGCUAUGUGAUUCGUAGCUCGCUGGCUAAACUCUAUGCUGCAAGGUACAAGCUUAAAUCGAGAACCAAGGUUUAUAAUAUGGCUUCGCGUGAUCUCAGCCGUCCUUUGAGGAAAAGUGGUAUCAAGUCUUUGCCUGAUUAUGAACAACAUCUGGCGAUGGGUCUUGUCGAUCCGAUUGAAGGCGUGCGAUUUUCUCACAUGAAGUUGGUACCUUCGUGCGAUUACACGCCGCUUAAGAGGAAUUGGAUUCCUGAUCAUGAAAAGUUUUUGAUUGAAUAUUCAAAAUUACAAGAUCCUAGAUUGUUUUGUGAUUUGCUUAGAUCAAUUAAGGAAGAUGUGGGUUUAAAUUUACCACAAGAUCAGAUAGCUGCCAUUGUAUGGGACUGGAAAACAGUUGGAAUUAGGAGAGCCAGAUUACAUCAUUAAACUUUUCAGGCUUCGAGCUCGUUGAACAAUAAGCAAGAGAAGGCGUUGCUUGUCGAGCUGUGCUUCCUCAAGAUCAAUGCACUGUCUGGUACAUCUGCACUCAACAAAAAAAAUUGGAUUAAUCGAAUGAAUGAUAAGGCCACUCAAGAAUGAUUUCUAACCAAUGAGGGCUGUAAAAUUUGAAGAGGAAUGGUAAAUUUAUGUUUUUGAGGGUGAUGUUGAAUUUGAAGCAGAA